AUGUUCCACGACGAGACUUCGAAAGGAAGUGAAGUCGGAAUUAGAGAAAUCAUUUGGUCCCAAGCUUUCGACUUCUCUCAUUUUUAUUUUCAAUUUGAUUUUCAGAUAGAUAAGCUAUAUGAACCUAUUUUAGAAGUCGAAAAUUUGCAUGUCACGAUUGCUGGCAAGGAGGUUUUGAAGGGAAUUAACCUUACGAUCAACGAGGGCGAGACCCACAUUCUAUUUGGACCCAAUGGUUCGGGAAAGAGCACCCUCAUUAAGACUAUCAUGGGAUUAAGCGACUGCAUAGUCACGGAAGGAUCGAUUCGCUUCCUCGGACAGGACAUUACGAAUACUUCCAUUUCUGACCGUUCCACUAUGGGAAUCGGCAUGCUAUUCCAAAGUCCUCCCGAGAUUGAGGGACUUCCUGUAAAUCGUUUAGUUUCCACUGCCUUUAGCGAUAACUCUGAAGAGUGUUCGUUCUUUGUCGAAUUCUCACCUCUAGACAUCCAGAAAGUUAGCGAGAUCACCACCAUGUCGAAUUUAGUCUCUCGCGAUCUGAACGUGGGUUUUUCCGGUGGCGAACGCAAGCGUUGCGAAGCCUUCCAGCUUCUGCUCCAGAAGCCCCUGCUGUCAAUGCUGGACGAGCCAGAAAGCGGCGUUGAUUUGGAGAGUGUUCGCGUCUUGGGCAAGGCGCUUUCCUCCCUGCAGAACCAGCCAAUCAACGGCCGACGCUCCGCCACAAUCAUCAUCACGCACACUGGAAGCAUUCUGGAGUUCAUGCAUGGUACGAUCGCUCAUGUGGUCAUGGAAGGUCGGAUUGCGUGCACGGGCAACGAAUACGUGUUCUUCCGUAUCAUUCAAAGCGAAGGAUUCGAGUAG